GUAAAAAUUCAUCAAUUUAUAUUCAAACUCAGAAUUCAUAAUUCAUAAUUACUGACUAUUUUUACUGUAAAAAUAGGUAUAAUUUUAUGCAAAUGAGGUCUAUGACGUCAUAUAUUCCAAAAAUAAGUGUAAAAUAUAAUUUAAUAAGUUGGAGUGAAGUUGACUAACAAGGUGAAGCACAGAAAUUGGUGAUAAUUUUAUGCCACAUGCUUUAUAUCAGUCAAUCAAAUUCGGGUCAAUAUGACCCGCGAAUACCAGAGGUGUUAUUAUUUGCUGCCAUUCAAAAAUUAGAAAUGGUUUCAAAAAAAUUUUUUCACAGAACUUUGAUGUAUACCACUCUGUAAAAAUUCAUCAAUUUAUAUUCAAACUCAGAAUUCAUAAUUCAUAAUUACUGACUAUUUUUACUGUAAAAAUAGGUAUAAUUUUAUGCAAAUGAGGUCUAUGACGUCAUAUAUUCCAAAAAUAAGUGUAAAAUAUAAUUUAAUAAGUUGGAGUGAAGUUGACUAACAAGAUGAAACACAGAAAUUGGUGAUAAUUUUAUGCCACAUGCUUUAUAUCAGUCAAUCAAAAUCGGGUCAAUAUGACCCGCGAAUACCAGAGUUGUUAUUAAUAUCGAGGAGAGCAAGAGGGUUAACUAAACUCCAUAAUUGCCUUAAAGACAUAAAAACUUGGAUGAGCACCAAUUUCCUGAUGUUAAAUUCAGACAAAACUGAAGUUAUUGUUCUUGGCCCCAAACAACUCAGAGACUCUUUAUCUGAUGACAUAGUUUCUCUAGAUGGCAUUGCUCUGGCCCCUGCCACUACCGUAAGAAACCUCGGAGUAACAUUUGAUCAAGAUUUGUCUUUUAAUUCUCAUUUAAAGCAAACCUCACGGACUGCAUUUUUUCAUCUGCGUAAUAUUGCGAAAAUUAGGCCUAUCCUGACCCGAAAAGAUGCAGAAAAAUUGGUCCACGCUUUUGUUACCUCAAGGCUGGAUUAUUGUAACUCUCUAUUAUCAGGUAGCUCUAGUAAGUCCUUAAAAACUCUCCAGCUAAUUCAGAAUGCAGCAGCACGUGUACUAACAGGAACUAAGAAACGCGAUCAUAUCUCUCCUGUUUUAGCUUCUCUGCACUGGCUCCCUGUAAAAUCCAGAAUUGAAUUUAAAAUCCUACUGUUAACUUAUAAAGCUCUAAAUGGUCAAGCUCCAUCAUAUCUUAGAGAGCUCAUAGUGCCAUAUUAUCCCACCAGAACACUGCGUUCUGAGAACGCAGGGUUACUCGUGGUCCCUAAAGUCUCCAAAAGUAGAUCAGGAGCCAGAGCCUUUAGCUAUCAGGCUCCUCUCCUGUGGAAUCAUCUUCCUGUUACGGUCCGGGAGGCAGACACCGUCUCCACAUUUAAGACUAGACUUAAGACUUUCCUCUUUGAUAAAGCUUAUAGUUAGGGCUGGCUCAGGCUUGUCCUGUACCAGCCCUUAGUUAGGCUGACUUAGGCCUAGUCUGCCGGAG